AACAAUCGUGAAAUGAAACGUGCGCUAAAAGAAUAGGAAUUUUUCGGAUUCCAGUAUUAUUUUAGGUUUUGUUUAACUUAAAUUAAUAUACAAAUCUAAAUAAAUAUGACGGCAGUACACGUUAUAAGAAGGUAUGGGGUUCCACUAGCUAACAUGUGUUGUCAUAAAAAACCGACAAAAUUACAAGUGCGAUAUAGUGCUACUUUAGGAUUAACUGCGAAGAGAUUUGCUCCAGUGCUUAUAAAAGCUCGACAUCUGGGGCUAGGUCCUACUUCUAAGGAUUUCGAGGAGCCCACACAAAUAACAGGACCAAUUACUAAACUACACGCAGCUGAACUCGUACUGCACUUGAAAGCUGAUGAGAGAAAAUUGUUGUUCACGGCGCUACAGGAAUACGAAUCUAAUAGGAUUAAGGAGGAAUUCGAAGACAAACUGGCAGGUCAGAGAUGGCGAACAAAGCUAGGCAGGCCCAGCAAAGUGCCCACACUCGGCGACGUAGACCCCACAGGCACCUACUGCCCGGUGCCCGAGGACUGGCUCAAGAAAAAGUAUGCGGCCACAGUACCCAAGCCUACAACCAGGGAGUUAGUUCACUUGUCAUUAGCAAAUUCAGUGCCAUUCAUCGGUUUGGCUUCUUGGAUAACUUCGUAAUGAUAGUAGCGGGUGACAGCAUCGAAAGCAGCAUGAGCGCGUUCAUCACAAUCUCCACGAUGGCGGCGGCCGCGCUCGGCAACACGUUCAGCGACGUGAUCGGCAUCGGCUCCUCGUACUACGUGGAGCGCGCGGCCGCCAUGCUGGGCAUGGCGCCGCCGCCGCUGGCGCCCGUGCAGCUCGACAUGCCCGUGUGCCGCCGCGUCUCCAACCUGGGUCGCGUACUCGGCAUCACGCUAGGCUGUUUCCUCGGCAUGACGCCCCUCCUCUUCAAGGACGACAAGGACGACAAGGAGAAAGACAAGGUCGACAACAAAAACAAACAGGAACCCAAAGCGGACGCGAAAGAGAAAACGGACGCGAAAGCGGACCUCAAGAAGAGUUAGGUAACUAAGUAGACUAGUAUUGAUUCACAAAAACUAGCACAAAUGGAAUGAACGAAUCUUUUAUUGUGUGAGUUGUACUGUAUACCUUACUCUCACAAGUGCAUACUCGUUCGACAAUAUAUGAAUUAUUAACUCUAUCGUCCCACAACACAUGGCGACCCUGCCUGGAUGCAUGUACCGGCAUACAGUCGUAACUAUUUUAUUGGUUAAUCUGUUACACACAUAGAUAUUUUCAUUUCAUUCAGUCAUUCAUUCCAUUCGUGCCUGCUCUUGUGAAUUAACCUGUAGGGGCGGAUAGAAAGGACUAGGAAAACUAGCUUACAUUACUAUUGUGGAAUUUAGGAAUGAAAUGGCUUGGGAGAAAUCCGCCCCAAAACGCAAUACACAAAUGUACUUAGCAUCACAUUUUAAAGACACAAUUUCGAAAUCUCAUCUUCCUAGGAUGUGACUAAGCACCGUUUUAAAACAAAAUAUCGGCCUAACUGAAGCACUUGUAGUGAAUUUAAAAACUUAGAUAUUGUUAAGAUUUACACUAAAACGACCC